UUUACUACGAGCUGCAGCACUCAUGACAACAGAAACCUCCCCACAAAGUAUGAGAGCAAGCUGCGAGAGCAUUUCACUGCUCGGUACGACAAGCUUUAAAGUUUUUGUGUAAUAAACACAGCGAAAACCCUCCCGGGAAACCAAACUACAUUUUGAAAUCUUCUUCUUCUUUUUUAGAGGAGGCUUUUUUGGGUGAAAAGGUGAAAAAUCGGGGAAAAAAGCACCGGCGGCAGCGUCGAAGAAGUUCGUUUUUUUUGGAAGAAACCAAGAACACGACCACAGAAGAAGAGCAUAUUAAGUUGCUGUAGUGCACACGGAGCAGCGUAUUCCUAUGAGUCGCGUUAAAAGUGUCAGACACAGACAGAGAAGAGUCAUCCUCGGGAUUAUAGCUGCUGGCAUCUGGCUGUAAUAUCACUCAGACCAAUAAAAGUGUCACGGAGAAGCCUUGGAGAGGACGGGACCUCGGGGAGUGGCGGGUGCAGGGAGCGGUGUGGAGCUGUUGCUGUGGACUGAAGACUGAAGAAACACUGAGAGCCGUCCUCCACCCCUCCCUGCUGCUCCAGGGGAGAUAGUCAGAUGUGCACCCGGCACUCAAAGCCCCUGGCCUGGCCGCAAGGAUGGCAGCCUCUGCCCUGAACGGCCUUGGAGUCAUGAACAGCAGUAAUCAGUUUCACACCCAACCAGGCUCCUCUAGCACCGCCUCCCGAACUAGAACUAGUCCAGUGGGCCGUCCUGUGCUUCCUGUUCCUGAUCGGAGCACCUUCUGUCCGCUACUGGCCGUGGGGGCGCUGGGCGGAGGUCUCUACAGCCCAACCAGCCCUAAGAGCCCUCGAACCCUGGGAGGGACUUUUGUCUUCCCUCCUUCGUCCUCUCUCUCCCCCAGCCCCACACACCGCGCUCGCUCCCCCUCCCCACGAAGCCCGGAGCUCCUGGGAGUCAAUGUGGGCCAGCGGGUCCGUCGACUGAGCUCCUCCGGGGGUGAGGAGAGAGGAGAAGGUGAAGGGCAGGAGGAGAGGGGAGGAGGGGAGACGGGAGGAGGCGAGAAGCGAGAGGACAAGAGACGCCAGGCGCAGCAGCUGCAGAUACACAGAGAGCUGCAGAACGUGGAGGUCAGGGGAAAAGUGGGCAUUUUCGAGGCUCACAUUUCCGGGAUUCGUGCCCAAGUGCUUAACACUGAGCUCCAGCGCAGCCCUCGGCCUCCAAGACGAUCGCCUAGCCAAACCCCCACCGAUCCCAACCAAGGAAACACAGACUUUAAAUUCCAGAUGACCCACCCGCAAGAGAGUAAAGUUCCUGCUGUGGUCCAAAAUGGAAGAGAACAGGAGGAAGAAACUGUGGAAGUAGGAAGGAGAGGAGAUGAGGAGGAUAAAACAACAAAAACAGACAACAACACACUGAUUGGUCAAAAUGGCAGCCAUUCAGAAACAACAAUGCAAACUCCAUGUUUAGACGGAGCGUUUGUCGUUCGAGGCUCCCUGGAGACGUUAAACCCAGAUGAAGGGGAGGAAACAGAGGGAGGAAAAGACCAAGGGGAGGUAGAAAACAAACAAAUGUUGGGAGACGAAAGAGAACGGACAGAGGGAGAAGUAAGAGAUGAGAAAGAGGACCGAUCUUGCCUUGAGACGUCGCUCCAGACAGAGGGGGAUAGGUUGGAGGUCAACCCAGGAAUGGAUGCUUUCCCUCGGGCACAAAGCAGUGAGAGCGCCCCCUGUUUAAUGGACACCGAUAACACCUCCAACCACGGUUCCUCCAUCCCCGCCGUCAUUAUAACUGACCACGGGUUGGACAGCCAGCUUCAAACUUUUGAAGACCCCGGCUCAGACCAAGGGUUAGGCUGCACCCCCAGCCCCAGUUCCAGCCCCGUCCCCGGAUCAAACUUCUCCACCCGCUCCCUCAGGAAGCUGUCGUCCUCCUCUGCCUCUUCGGCCGGGUUCUCGUCCUCCUGGGAAGAGUCUGAGGAGGACAUUUCCAGUGAUACAGAGAAGGGAGAGCAGCUCCUCAACCCUGAAGUCCUCACUUCUCAACAGAGAGCGCACAAGUCUUGGAGGAAGAUAAAGAACAUGGUUCACUGGUCCCCGUUUGUCAUGUCCUUCAAGAAGAAAUAUCCCUGGAUACAACUGGCAGGGCAUGCAGGGAGUUUCAAGGCGGGAGCUAACGGCCGUAUACUAAAAAAACACUGUGAAUGUGAGCAGCGCUGUUUGUCCCUCCUGAUGAACGACGUGCUUCGCCCGUACGUCCCUGGUUACCACGGAGACGUAGAGAAAGACGGCCAGAAAUACAACCAGAUGGAGGACCUGCUGGCUGAGUUUGACUUCCCGUGUGUGAUGGACUGCAAGAUGGGAGUAAGGACCUACCUCGAGGAAGAGCUGACCAAGGCUCGUAAGAAACCCUCCCCGAGACCGGACAUGUAUCAGAAAAUGGUGGAGGUUGAGCCUGAUGCGCCUACGCCCGAGGAAAACCUCCAGAAAGUGGUGUCCAAACCCAGAUACAUGCAGUGGAGAGAGACCAUAAGCUCAACCGCCACCCUGGGAUUCAGGAUAGAGGGCGUCAAGAAGGAGGACGGGACGGUGAACAGAGAUUUUAAGAAGACGAAAACGAGAGAGCAAGUUACUGCGGCCUUCCAUGACUUUGUCAAAGGAAAUAAAGACGUACUGAACCUUUAUCUAAGUAGGCUGGAAGAAGUCAAAAACACUCUGGAGAUCUCCCCAUUCUUCAAAACGCACGAGGUGAUUGGCAGCUCCUUGUUAUUUGUUCACGACAGUAAGGGGCGGGCCAAAGUCUGGAUGAUCGACUUUGGGAAAACCACGCCUCUUCCUGAGGGGCAGGAACUGACCCACCGAGCAUCGUGGGUAGAGGGCAACCGAGAAGAUGGAUACCUGUCUGGACUUGAAAGUUUGGUGAACAUCAUUUUAUCCAUGGCGAACUCUGAACCUGAAGUCUGAGGGUUUAGAAAAGUCAACCAAGUGAACUUUUGGACACACGAUAAACACUUCCUUUCAUUCUUCCUCUCCCUCUGGAACACUUUGGACUUCCUCAAGGAUUCCUCCACCGACAUAUGUCCGUUUGUGGGAAACCACAUCAUCCCAUGACAAUGUUUGGCCUAAUCCAUUCAUAGACACAACCUUUUUUAUUAAUAUCCUGUCCCCUCAAGGAAUAGGCCUUUUUCACAACACUUUUUUCUGUAUUUUUUCUACUAUGACAAAGAAAUGUCUGCUGUGAAAAAAAUCUCUUCUUACAAGAAAUAAGUAGAUUACCUAAUCCAAAUUGAAAGCUAAGGCUAAUGAUAUUUCAUAUUUUUAACAAAAAAACAAACAAACAAACAAACAAACAAACAUGAAAAGACCAAAAUCAACAAUGUUAGUUUGUCUUUCAAUAUCUGCCCAGCCUGUACGUCUUUCUCCGCCCGAAGCCAAUUUAAUCCUGACGAAGACAUAAAUAUGUACAAAAAUGAUGACAUUGAUCACAACAUUUUUUAUUUAUUUAACUUUUUAGCUUGGUUCUAGUUUUUAGCAAAAAAUACUCAAACAGGAGUAAAUAUUCCAUUUGAUGGAGACUUUUUAGUAGCGGAAUAUAAACUAAAAACAAGGGCCGAAACUGUGGCCGCCAAAAUUGUGGGGAACAACGUUUCAUAUACAGUCACAAAGAGGGAGUACUUAGGCAAAGAGAAUGUGCUUUAUAGGGCUUUUGAGACACAGGCAAUAUUUUCACAAAAUCAUUUAAUUGUUGUUGUUGGUCUUUUGUGGGGAUUUGUUGAUGAUAAUAAGAAAGGAAGAAACUGUGUGUGGAAUUUCUACAUUUCUGACCAUGGCGCCCCCUGGUGGUUGCAGAAAAAAACCCACUUGUUCUAUAUUAUGCUAUCCAAAUUGGCUAUAAUCACAUAGAAAUUGUACAUGGAGUCACUUUAAAGAGGCAAGUUCAACUCCCCAAAUGUUAUGUCAAAUGUGUUGAUCCAGGAACACUUAAGUUCUCAUGACUGUGAAACAGAUUCCAACGUAACAUAGACGUACCACCAUUCAGUCAGACUUUGAUUGUAAUUCUUCCUCAGCAAUUCUGAAUUGAAUUGUAUUGGAGUGUUUGUCUGUUUUGACCACAACAGCACAUUGCCACUAUCCUUACAAAAAAAAAAGAAGUGCACUUGAUUCGGUUUCACCACUAGAGGUUGUACAGUUGAGUGUGUUUUACAUUGUCUUUUAGCUCAUUUUAACCUUUGUUUAACCAGCCACAGUUAGAAUUUAGAUGUGGAGUUAAAUUAUAAAUCCCACAGCAGUUUCAGUGUGUUAUGGAGAUAAUUGUUUCAUAUUUAACAUUUUUUUCAGCCAUCUUGGUGUCUAUACUGUAGUUCUUCCCUGGCCAAACACUUCUUCUCACCAUUAUUACACUCUGUAUGUUGGGAUUGUUCACAUUGUACAAUAAGAUGUAUUAUGUUUGAUUGUAGAUUUUGUAACAUUAUUUUAGUGAACUCAAAUCCUGUGGAACACUUACAGCCAUGAACAAUCUUAUUUAAGCUAUACAGUGCCUUGACAUUACAAAGCCAAGUGAAAAUAUGUUAUAUUUUUUAUGUUAUGACAGACUUUUCUUCAAGUCUUAACUGUUACUGUACGUAGUUUUGGGUGCAUGUUUAUUAUUCUCUUGAAGUGUGGGCUUAAUUUGUAUUUCAUUUUGUCUUUAUUUAUAAUAUUAUAUUAUGUUUUUUUUUAGUUAAUGGGAUACUGUGACAUCUUGAAUUUUGGGCUGUUAUGCUGUUUUGUCUUCAGGCAUGUGUUACAAUAUGAGUGGAAGUCAAACUGUGGGGCGAGUAGCUGACAUUGAGAACGUUAUUCAGAACAUUGGACGUGGCUAUAGAAAAGAUCAAUGAUGUUAAGAUUCAAUGCAACAGUUCACUUGGCAGAUAAGGUAGAAAAAUAUGUCUCAUAAUGUAACAGGUUCUUGAUGAACAAUAAAAACAAAAUAGUAUAUAGCUUCCACUUCACCAUA